AUGGCUUCGCCUAUGCCUAUAAAGUUUCAAGAGCAUUUGCAACUUCUGAAUGUUGGCAUACAGCCCACUAGCAUUGGAUUCAACUCAUUGACUAUGGAAUCCGACAAGUUCAUUUGUGUUCGUGAAAAGGUUGGAGACAACCAAUAUGUGGUCGUCAUUGACAUGAAUGAUCCUAACAACCCGACGAAAAGACCUAUCACGGCCGAUUCCAUUAUCAUGAAUCCCGUCAGUAAAGUGAUGGCCCUUAAGUCUGGAAAUGUCCUGCAAAUCUUUAAUAUCGAACUCAAGACCAAAAUGAACAUGCAUAAGAUGCCUGAGCCUGUCAUUUUCUGGAAAUGGAUUAAUCCCAACACCAUUGCGCUGGUAACAGCUGGGUCUGUUUACCACUGGUCUAUUGAAGAAAACUCCACCCCCGUCAAAAUGUUUGACCGCCAUUCUUCCCUGGCCAACGCACAAAUCAUCAAUUACCGAACUGAUGAAAGCUGCAAAUGGUUGCUUUUGAUAGGUAUUUCGGUCCAGGACAAUCGCGUUGUUGGCUCGAUGCAACUCUAUAGCGUUGAUCGUAAAGUCAGUCAGCCCAUUGAGGGUCAUGCUGCUGCGUUUGUGCAGUAUAAAGGCGAGGGGCAGCCCAAUCCAACAACAUUGUUCUGCUUUGUUGCCAGGACCGUUCAGUCUUGCAACCUUCACAUAAUUGAAGUGGGUCAACCCCCCGAGGGCAACCAACCCUUCACGAAAAAGAAUCUUGACGUUUAUUUCCCGCCGGAAGCGGUCAAUGACUUCCCUGUGGCCAUGCAGGCAUCGCAAAAGUACGCAGUUGUUUUCCUCAUUACCAAAAACGGUUAUCUUCACAUUUAUGACAUUGAAUCUGGCACCUGUAUUUACAUGAAUCGUGUCAGUAAUGAAACUAUCUUCGUGACUGUUCCAUAUGAGGCGACAUCUGGCAUCAUGGGUGUUAACCGCAAGGGUCAGGUCCUCUCAGUGAGCAUUGAUGAGGAAAACGUCGUAAAUUACAUAAAGGGGACACUGAACAACCCGUCACUCGCCUUUCGAUUUGCCGCUAGAUGUGGCCUCCCGGGGGCAGAGGACCUUUUCAUCAAAAAGUUCGAGUCGCUUUUCCAGGCUGGUCAGUACAGUGAAGCCGCCAAAGUGGCUGCCAGUGCACCAAAUGGCAUUUUGCGAACGCCUCAAACUAUUCAGAAGUUCCAUCAGGUUCCGAAUACGGCAGGUCAAACAUCGCCUCUGUUUCUUUACUUUGGUAUUCUGAUCGAUCAAGGCCAACUGAACAAGUAUGAGAGUCUAGAGCUCUGCCGACCCGUCUUGCAGCAGGCUCGCAAACAUCUCAUUGAAAAGUGGCUUAAAGAAGACAAACUUGAAUGCUCAGAGGAAUUGGGCGAUCUCGUCAAACAAGCUGAUCCCACCUUGGCUUUGUCAGUCUACCUUCGUGCAAAUGUGCCCCCGAAGGUUGUUCAGUGCUUCGCGGAAACUGGUCAGUUUCAGAAGAUUAUUCUCUACUCCAAAAAGGUCAACUACUCACCGGAGUACAUUUCGCUACUGCGCAACCUGACUCGCAUCAAUCCCGACCAAGGCCUGCAGUUUGCUCAGAUGCUUGUGCAGGACCAAGAGCCUUUGGUCGAUCUCGAACAAGUGGUUGAUGUUUUCAUGGAACAGGGUCUUGUCCAACAAUGUACCUCCUUCCUUCUGGACGCCUUGAAACACAAUCGUCCCUCGGAAGGUCAUCUUCAAACCCGUCUCCUUGAGAUGAAUUUGAUGUCGGCUCCUCAAGUUGCUGAUGCUAUUUUGGGUAAUCAAAUGUUCACCCAUUACGAUCGAGCUGCUAUCGCCCAGCUCUGUGAAAAGGCGGGUCUUUUGCAACGUGCUUUGGAGCAUUACACCGAUCUCUAUGAUAUAAAACGCGCCGUCGUCAACACCCAUCUCCUCAGUCCCGAGUGGCUUGUGAAGUACUUCGGCUCGCUCUCAGUCGAUGACUCGCUGGAGUGUCUUAAAGCCAUGCUGCAGGCAAAUAUUCGUCAAAAUCUGCAAGUCUGUGUUCAGAUCGCCACCAAGUACCACGAACAACUCGGCACGAAUGCGCUCAUUGAAAUUUUCGAGUCGUUUAAGUCGUUUGAGGGUCUCUUCUACUUCCUCGGUUCCAUUGUCAACUUUUCGCAGGACCCUGAGGUUCACUUCAAGUACAUUCAAGCCGCCUGCAAAACUGGGCAGGUCAAAGAGGUCGAGCGAAUCUGUCGUGAAAGUAACUGCUAUGAUCCUGAGCGUGAGGCAAAGCUUACGGACCAAUUACCUUUGAUAAUUGUUUGUGAUCGUUUCGACUUUGUGCACGACCUUGUUCUCUAUCUGUACCGUAACAAUUUGCAAAAAUAUAUCGAAAUCUACGUACAGAAAGUCAACCCAGCGCGUUUGCCUGUUGUAGUAGGUGGCUUACUUGACGUUGACUGCGCAGAUGAUGUCAUCAAACAGCUGAUUGCUGUUGUCCGAGGCCAAUUUAGCACGGAUGAACUGGUGGCCGAAGUGGAAAAGCGCAAUCGACUUAAGCUUCUCCUACCCUGGCUCGAAUCCCGCAUUCACGAGGGUUCCGUCGAGCCGGCAACGCACAACGCUCUCGCUAAGAUCUACAUUGACGCCAACAACAGCCCCGAACGCUUUUUACGCGAAAAUCAGUACUAUGAUAGCUAUGUGGUGGGCAAGUACUGCGAGAAGCGUGAUCCUAGCCUUGCUUGCGUGGCCUAUGAGCGGGGUUUUUGUGACAAGGAGCUGGUCGCUGUCUGUAACGAGAAUUCCCUCUUCAAGACCGAGGCUCGCUACCUCGUGCGCAGAAAAGAUCCCGAGCUGUGGGCAGAGUGUCUGAGUGAGAACAACAUGUUCCGCCGCCAGCUGAUCGAUCAGGUGGUGCAGACCGCGCUCUCGGAGACCCAGGAUCCCGACGAGAUCUCUGUGGCUGUGAAAGCUUUCAUGGCUGCCGAUAUGCCGAACGAGUUGAUUGAACUGUUAGAGAAGAUUGUUCUGGACAACUCGGUGUUCUCUGACCAUCGGAACCUUCAAAAUCUGCUAAUUUUGACAGCUAUCAAGGCCGAUCAUAGCCGGGUGAUGGAGUACAUUGCCAAGUUGGAUAAUUACGAUGCUCCUGAUGUGGCCAAUAUCGCUAUCACCCACGGUCUAUAUGAGGAGGCUUUUGCCAUUUUUAAAAAGUUUGAAGUCAACAAUCUGGCUAUGCAGGUACUGAUUGACAACAUCCAAAAUCUGGACCGCGCCUACGAAUACGCGGAGCGUUGCAACGAGCCUGUCGUCUGGAGCCUGUUGGCUAAGGCACAACUGAACGAGGGCGUAAUUAAGGAGGCUAUUGACUCUUAUAUCAAAGCCGGCGAUCCCACCAACUACGACGAGGUGAUUCGUGCCGCCUCUGCCGCUAAUAACUAUGAGGAUCUCGUACGUUACCUCCAGAUGGCUCGCAAGAAGGCCCGCGAGACUACCAUUGACUCAGAAUUGGCUUUCGCUUUUGCCAAAACUGGACGUCUCUCCGAUUUGGAGGAGUUCACCGCCGGAUCAAAUCACGCCAAUAUCACUACUGUGGCUGAUAGGUGUUUCGACGAGCACAUGUACGAGGCAGCGAAGCUGCUGUACAACAACGUCAGCAACUACUCGCGUCUAGCCAUUACUCUAGUGCAUUUGGGCGAGUACCAGGGUGCCGUGGAGGCCGCACGGAAGGCCAAUUCAACACGCACGUGGAAGGAGGUCUGCUUCGCCUGUGUGGAUCACAACGAGUUUCGUCUGGCGCAGAUGUGUGGUUUGCAUAUUGUGGUGCACGCCGAUGAGUUGGAGGAGCUUAUUAACUACUACCAGCAACGUGGACACUUCCAACAGCUCAUCAGCCUCCUUGAGGCUGCUCUUGGACUGGAGCGUGCUCACAUGGGCAUGUUCACCGAACUGGCAAUUCUCUACUCCAAGUUCAAACAGGAGAAGCUGCGUGAGCACUUGGAACUUUUUUGGUCUCGAGUCAACAUUCCCAAGGUGCUGAGAGCAGCAGAGCAGGCCCACUUGUGGGCAGAGCUGGUAUUCCUCUACGAUCGCUACGAAGAGUACGACAACGCGGUGCAGACGAUGAUGGCACAUCCUACGGAGGCUUGGCGUGAAAACCACUUCAAAGAUAUGAUUACUAAGGUGGCCAAUUUGGAGCUCUACUACAAGGCCAUUCAGUUCUACUUAACCUACAAGCCUCUCCUGCUAAACGAUCUCCUCACCGUACUCAUCCCUCGACUCGACCACACACGUACCGUCGCCUUCUUCACCAAGGUCGGACACAUCGCCUUCGUCAAGCCUUACCUCUGCAUUGUUCAACAGAGUGGUACCAAUAAUAAGGCUGUCAAUGAGGCCUUGAACAACCUUCUCAUUGAAGAGGAAGACUAUCAGGCUCUGCGGCAUUCGAUCGAGGCGCACUCGAAUUUCGACAACAUUGCAUUGGCUCAGGCCCUUGAGAAGCACGAACUGACCGAGUUUCGUCGACUCUCGGCUCUCCUCUACAAGGGCAACAAUCGAUGGGUGCAGAGUAUUGAACUUUGCAAGCGUGAUAAACUCUACCGUGACGCCAUGCAGUAUGCGGCAGACUCUCGAGAUCCCGAGACGGCAGAGGAUCUCUUGCGCUGGUUCCUCUCAGAGAACCUUCCAGACUGUUUCUCCGCCUGUCUCUACCAGUGUUACGAUCUACUUCGGCCCGACGUUGUUCUUGAACUGGCCUGGCGCAACGGACUCACUGAUAUGGCCAUGCCUUUCCUCAUCCAAACCAUUCGUGAACUCACCGCCAAAAUUGACCACCUUGAGAGGUCGGAGCGAACUCGCUCGGAGGAGGAGGAGAAAAAGGAGCAGGCAGUGAAUCCUCUUGUCCUGCACACGGAUACGCCAUUGAUGUUGACAGGUGGGGCCUUACCUCAGCUCGGUGCCUACGGAACAGGAAUGAUGCCACCACCUGCUGCCGGAUCCGCCCUGCAACGCUCAUAG